GGCGCGGGGCUCGGCGGGACGCGGCGGGCGAGGCUGCGCUCGGGCCGGGGCCGACGGCGGUGUCUCCUCCCCGCAGGGCUCGCGCCAUGGGGCCCGUGGCGGUGCGCGGCGCCCUGCUGGGCUGCCUCUGCCUGGCCCUCGGUUACCUGUGCGCUGCAGAUAAGCUCUUGAGUGGCAUCCAUGAGUGGAAAAAACUAAUUCUGGUUCAACACUGGCCGGAGACAGUGUGCGAGGAGGUGCAGAAUGACUGCAGAGACCCCCCGAACUACUGGACAAUUCACGGGUUGUGGCCUGAUAAAACUGAAGAAUGUAAUCGAUCGUGGCACUUUAAUUUAGAAGAGAUUAAGGAUCUUCUGCCAGAAAUGAAGACCUACUGGCCUGAUGUGCUUCAUCCGUCCCCUAAUCGCAGCCAGUUCUGGAAGCACGAGUGGGAGAAGCACGGGACCUGCGCCGCACAGGUGGAGGCGCUCGACUCCCAGAAGAAGUACUUUGGCAAGAGUCUGGCCCUGUACCAGAAGCUGGACCUCAGCAGUGUUCUCCUAAAGUUGGGGAUAACACCGUCUAUCAAUUACUACCAGGUUGGAGAUUUUAAAGAUGCGCUUACCAGAGUGUACGGAGUGGUGCCCAAACUCCAGUGCCUUCCGCCGAGAGAGGGAGAGGCGGUGCAGACGCUGGGGCAGAUAGAGCUCUGCCUCACCAAGGAGGACCAGCAGCUGCGCAACUGCACCGACCCGGGCGAGCGGCCGGCCCCCGGGCAGGGCCUGGGCCUGGGCCUGGGCCUGCGGGUCUGUGAGGACGGCCCCUUCUUCUACCCCCCACCCAAAAAGACGAAGCACUGAUGCCAAAUUCUGGAAAUAUUCUGUGUUUUGAAAUACAAGAGAAAUUCACAAA